AUGGGAGUUGGAGGCACUCUUGAGUACUUGUCUGAUCUAAUGGGUAGUAGCCACCACCAUCACAAGAAGAAGAAGAAGCAAUUACAAAAUGUAGAGCUGAAGGUGAGAAUGGACUGUGAUGGCUGUGAGCUUAAGGUUAAGAAAGCACUCUCUUCAUUAAAUGGUGUAAAAUCGGUGGAGAUAAACAGGAAACAGCAGAAAGUGACAGUAACUGGGUAUGUGGAAGCAAACAAGAUCCUAAAGAAGGCCAAGUCAACAGGGAAAAAGGCUGAGAUAUGGCCUUAUGUGCCUUACAACAUGGUGGCUCAUCCAUAUGCUGCUCCAGCUUAUGACAAGAAGGCUCCUCCUGGUUAUGUGAGGAGAGUGGACAACAUUGUCACCAUUGGAACCGUGACAACAUAUGAAGAUCCAUACACCAAUAUGUUCAGUGAUGAAAACCCAAAUGCCUGUUCUGUCAUGUAG